CUGAAAUAUUGCUGAGCUCGGCGUAAAAAUAAACUAAACUCACUCACUUUUGGAGGGGAGCUGGGUCUGGAUAGUGCAGAUCUGAAUGUCAGCGAAGCAUUUGACACCAUUAUUACACGAAGUAAAGAUAAGUGCUCUCAUUAAAGUAAACUGCCCUAAUUAACCCACAAUCAGCGUUGUCGGCCAUAGCCCGCGCUGGUCGGAGAGAAUUUGGACGACUAUGUGGUCAGUUAGCAUUGCCAGCAGCUGGGUGUAUCAACUCUGUUCGGCGGAGAGGUAGUGUUUGGCCGCUUCUACAGCCACCAACUUCCCUACAGCUUCGUCAUGGAAUCAUUGGAUUGGAACCAGACCGACAGUUACGUCUCAAAUACGGUCGACUUCAGUGACAGAAUUAUUGGUAUAUUUGGCGUCAUCCUCGCCAUAUGGAUCACUGUCUCCAAUGUCACCUUCAUCAUCAGCAUACUCAGGGACGGCGUCAGACGCCGCAACCUCUUCUGGCUUCUCAUCAUCAACCUUGCGGUCGCUGACGUACUGGUAGGUGUGGGGGUUGUGCCAUAUGCCGCGCUCUACUACUACAAAGGAUUCUGGAUAUUUGGAGAACGUUUUUGUCACGUUUGGGUCACGUCCGACUGGAUGCUGGGUAUUGUUUCUAUCGUCACUCUGGUAGUCAUCAGUUCUGAACGCUUGGUGAACAUCAAACAUGGCAGCCGGACGACGACUGGGACGACCAAGUGCGGCAUCGUUUGUCUGCUGAUGGCGCUGCCGUGGGCGAUAGGUGCGGCUAUCUCCAUAUUCUUAACUGUCGUUAUAAAUGAAGUUGAGAAGUACCAGGACCAAUGCUAUUUCAUCGUGGAACCGCCUCAAAAAAUAUUAUCUCCAGUGAUAAGUUUCUUUAUCCCGAUAUUUGUAUGUAUCGGCGUCGAUAUCGGUAUCCUAAUGAAAUGGCGUGAGUUGAGACAAGAGCAGGGCGAAUACCCAAGGAAACAGACUGUGGGAGUUCUCUUGGUGUGUACUGCCUAUAUAUUGAUGCGAGCACCUUUCUAUGUAAUAUUCCCUCUAAGCGCGAUGGGUGUAUAUGCCCCGCUCAAGGCAGUUUCGAUAUCGAACUGGCUGGCAUAUGCCAACUCGGGAGUGAACCCCCUUCUAUGGCUGGUGUCCCCCAAAGUAAGGGAGGGGUACUGGGCGUUACUGUGCUGUCGAGGAAGAGGGCAGUAGAGGAGGGCAGAGAAAAGUGAUGAGGUUAUCAGGUCGCCUGUGAGUUGAAAUGGUCUUCAGAGAGUCAUAGAAUCAAUGCCUCAAUGUUAACGAAAGUCUUGAAAAUGUGUACUACGCACGGUCCGUUUGUAACCAGAUGAGAAUGAUAAAAUGCAAAAUACCUCAAAGUAGGGAAUCACCUAUCAAGCGUCAGUGCGGUACAUGACAAUGAAUACCCUGUACCCAACAAUGUCUGCUGUUUGGUAUUUGAAAACUCAUCACUGGUAAAAGUUGUUAAGAAACUGCCAUGUAGUCUGUCUCACUGUCCCUGAACCACAUUAUUUUCCCUACUGCCAAGCCCUCUCUGCAGUGCUUAAGCUCU